AUGAGGUUUACACUUAUUUAUCGUUAUGAAUGGGAUAAUGCUGGUGAUAUGCAAAUAGCAACGACUGGAAAUUCACAAAAAGAAGAGCAGAUCGAUGGGUCUGUCUUGAAUAAGGAACUUGAAUUAACUGUUCAGGUGUUGAGUAAUCUUGAUGUAAAGGAAUAA